AUGGAACCUCCUCCCCUGAAGUUUAUGAACUUGGAGCCUUUUGUUGACCCCGCCGCUAGGGACCCUUCAACCAAACUUCCGCUGGAUGGCAUAGCCUUCGACAUUUUUACGAUGCCCCAAGAGACUCUUAUAACCUAUGGCGAAGCCGCACCAGUACUCCAUUCAUUCGGGGGAGUAAAGAUUGUACGACUCUCUCACAACCUUGUUCUUAAGUACGGGAGAAGCGUUUUAGCCUCUGAAGGCGAAACCAUGAAAUACGCGGCAACGAAUUUUCCAGGAGCACGGUUACCUAAUGUAUACCAAUGCUUUAACAUCGAUUUUCCAUCGUACUUUGGUGUCAAGGGCUCUUUAGUCAUGGACUAUGUAGAUGGCCGUUGCUUAGACAGUUGCUGGGACCACCUUAGUCCUGAGCUCCAAAAGAACAUCGCCGCCCAGCUCGCAGCAAUGGUUCAAGAGCUACAGUCUGUACGCUUAAGCAGCCCAGUAGUUAUUGGCGGAGGGAUAUCCCGCGGUGCAUGGUUCAGUGAUUACGGCGCAGGACCAUUUAUCACCAAAGAAGGUUUCGAGAAGUGGCUUAACUGGAAACUCGCCCUCAGCAAAUACUGCAAUUAUGCGGCAAUGGAUGUUCCAGAUAUCAACUACCAGGAUUUUGUCCUCAUUCAUGGAGAUCUAAGUCCUCGGAAUCUUAUCUUAGAUACCGAUAACCAGGUGUGGCUCAUCGACUGGGGUUGCGCUGGCGUUUACCCGGCUAUAUUUGAAGCAGCCUCUUUGAAGCACCAACCACAUUUUCCGAGUUUUGCCCAGCUACUGCUGCCGCUUAUUUACAAUAACGCCAACGAAAUGGCGCAGCUUGAAGCUUGUCAAUAUGGCAUACACCGAGAGCCCCUCUCCCUCCCGCCUGAACGAAGGGCUCCAUAG